AUGAGGACAGAUCCCAACCGGAGAAAUCAGAAGAAAUUCUGCAGGUUCCACGGCGAUGUCAGCCACCACACCAACGAUUGCGCCGACCUCAAGGAUGAAAUCGAAAGGGUAAUCCGCGAGGGGAGGCUACAGGAGUUCAAAGCUGAACGAAGACCUCGACAUGAUGGCCACGGUGGACAAAAUGACGGUCGACGCCGAGAGGAGAACCAGUGCCCAGAGGACCGAGAACCUGUCGGCGUCAUACGAACUGUCCUCGGCGGCCCUUAUAUAGGAGGAGACUCAAGGAGGUCUCAGAAGGACUACGCCCACGAGGCCAGGGGGGUUUACCAGGAGCGAUUCUGGAGCGUCUCCGCUUCAAAAACCCCAAGGUACAGCCACACCGACGUAGCCUUUAACGAGGACGACGCCAGCGGAGUUCACUUCCCCCAUAAUGAUGCAUUGGUGGUGGAAGCCAUGAUAGGGAACCACACCGUGUGCUGA